AUGUGGGCCGCAUUUGUCUUUUUACCAACGUCACGCUUUCUUCAAAGGGCGUCUCCCCCGUGCCCUAGCUCGAAUCUAUGUGGAAGACAGCGAUCUGCAGGGCGCGUGUCAGCGGGGACGGCGUCGCUGCGUGCGCAAGAGGGCACCACGAACACACCUCCGCGAAAGCUUUCACCCGUCGAAGGCAUAAAAGAGCGCUCGAACCAGCUUCGCUAUCCUCUCAUAGACGAGCUGAGAAACGACGAGAUUUUCGUCUCUGGGGACGCAGGCCAAAUACUCAAGUUUCACGGCACCUAUCAGCAGGACGAUCGGGAUCAGCGCACCAAGGGUGAACAGAAGAAAUAUCAGUUUAUGCUUCGUUUGAAGAUGCCGGCAGGCGAACUGCCGGCGAGCUUCUAUCGCGUUCUCGACGACCUGUCGGAGCAGUAUGGGAACAGCACGCUGCGGGCCACAACGCGGAGCACUUUCCAGAUCCACGGUGUUCUCAAGGGGAACCUCAAGCACGUCAUGGCAACGAUCAUGAACGCCGGUGGCAGCACUGCAGGCGCUUGCGGCGACAUCAACCGGAACGUUAUUACCACGCCAGCGCCGUACCAGAGUCCGCCCUACCAACACGUUCGCUUCAUUGCCAAAAUGCUCGCUGAGGUAUUCGCGCCACAGACGGGUGCGCUCUGUGAGGCAUGGCUCGACGGCGAGAAGGCGGCUUCAAUUGAAUACUGGAAGAGGGACAUCGAUAUGGAUGAAGUGAAACGAAUACGUGAGCACGACAAUGGACGAGGACAGGUGUUCAGCGGCAAAGAGGAGCCUAUCUACGGAGAAACCUACCUGCCUCGCAAGUUUAAGAUGGCCGUGACUGUUCCCGGUGAUAACAGUGUCGACAUCUUCACGAACGAUAUCGGCAUCGUCGUGCUCAUGGAUGAUAACUAUGUGUUACAGGGAUACAACAUUCUCGUCGGUGGCGGUAUGGGACGCACCCACAACAAGGAGGCAACCUUUCCACGCCUUGCGGAUCCUCUCGGAUUCGUUCCGCCUGAUUCGCUUUUCGAUACCAUCAAGGCUAUCGUCGCCGCGCAGCGCGACCACGGUGAUCGGCAGGUCCGCACAAACGCCCGAAUGAAGUAUCUUGUACACCGUCUGGGUAUCGACGGUUUCCGUGAUCUCGUUCGCUCUUACAUGACCGACAAUGGUGCCGCGCUACAACCGUGGCGUCCGAUCCCGGCCUGGGAGCACCGCGACUAUCUCGGCUGGCACGAAGACGGUACCGGCAAGCUCUUCUACGGGCUGCUGAUUGACAACGGGCGGGUGCGCGGCCCGCUGAAAAAAGCGCUUCGCCAGAUCGUAGACGAAAUAUCGCCUGGUAUGAUCAUGACGCCGCACCAAAACCUGCUUUUAACCAACAUCAUGCCAGAGCAACGGCAAGUCGUCGAGGGCAUCCUGGCCCAGCACCAGGUCUACCGCGACGUGCGGCACAUUGAUCAACUGGUGCGCAAGGCGAUGGCAUGUCCGGCGUUGCCACUCUGCCCGCUGGCGAUCACAGAGGCUGAACGUGUGAUGCCCCAGUACCUCGAGCGCAUUCGCGAGAUUCUCGGCAAGGCUGGCAUAGCACCAAGCGAAUCGUUCUUUACGCGCAUGACCGGAUGCCCGAACGGAUGCAGCCGUCCCUACAUGGCAGAAUUGGCCCUGGUCGGCAGUGGACCCAACGAGGUAUACCAGCUCUGGCUGGGUGGCUCGCCCAACCAAACCCGGCUCGCUUGGCCGUUUGCAGACCGGCUAUCAUUGAACGAGCUCGAUCGCGUGCUCGAAGCGCUCUUCGUUUUUUGGCGGCAAGAACGCCGACCUGCUGAGGCUUUCGGAGAUUUUUGCGAUCGCAUCGGGAAAAACGGACUUGAGCAAUUCGUCUCCCAGUAUGGCGAGGGGCAUGCGAAUGGCGAUACCUCGAAGGCACGCGCAAGUACAUCACGCCUAUCCAAGAGCACCGCAAACAACGAAGAGAAAGUUCCGCUGCGACCCCGCGUCUCCCUGCGCCCAGCGGUGCAUGCGCGUCUGCGAACGAUGGCGGCCCGAGCUGGUGUUCCGCUCAAAGUCCUCGUGGAUGAGAUUCUGACCAAGUUCAUCGCCUCCCCUGAAUCCGAGAAGAUGUUCGGGGGCCGUAUCUCUUCGGCGAUCAAGACAGAUGGGAAUACUGCGAUGGACUGA